UUAUCCGAUAUGAUGCGAUCUAAUCAGAUGACACGAUCUUGUGCGCCGCCCGUCAGCGCUGCCCACUCGCUUCAGAAUUCGUACGUUCCUUGCGCGCACACUUUCAUCCUCCCGAUCCCGGAACAGGCGUGCCGAUUUUCCACGACCGGCUCCACUCUAGAUCUCGCAAAAUAUCGCGAGGACCGCAUGUCUCGUUCCAUGCACGCCUCUUGGCGGGACUGAUAUAAAAGCACCGUCUGCCCCUAACCCGCCGGCUCUCUCUCACUCCCCCAUCUGGUCCCCCGCUUCCCGCCAAGCACAUCACCGCCUAUCCUCCCUUCCUUUUGCCUGCUCGCCCAUGUCGGAAGUCUACGAUCUCAUUGGCCUCGGAUACGGCCCCGCCAACGUCGCCAUCGGCGGUGCGCUCGUCGAGAGAUGGGAGAAGGACAAGACGGCUCCCCAGCCCAGCACGAUUAAGAAGGUCCUCUUCAUCGAGAAGCAGGACAAGUUCCGGUGGCAUCCUGGCAUGCUGCUGCCCGACGCGCGCAUGCAGAUUAGCUACCUCAAAGACCUGGCCACGCUCCGGAACCCGUCCUCGCCCAUCACCUUCCUCUCUUAUCUGCACGCCCACGGCCGUCUGCUGAACUUCAUCAACCGCGGCUGCAUCAUCCCGACGCGGAAGGAGUUCGCGGACUACCUCGGCUGGGUCGCGCAGUACGUCCAGGAUCGCGGCGUCGAAGUCAAGUACGGGCACGAGGUCAUCGGUUUGGAGGAGGCGCCUGAUGGCCUCAUCGACGUGCGCGUUCGCUCCGUCGCGACGGGCGAGACAAUCGUCUUCAAAGCCAAGGAUGUGGUGAUCUCCCCAGGCGGCUCGCCGCGUCUCCCCGACUGCGUCAAGCCCGUCUUCGACCACCCGAACAUCAUCCACAGCUCGUCGUACAUGGCUGACAUCAACAACAUCCUUGGUAGGCUGAAGGAGCAGGGCGAGCGUCCGCUCACCAUCGGUGUCAUCGGUGCGGGCCAGUCAGCCGCGGAGAUCCUGCUGGAGCUUCGCAAUCGCCUGAGCUCCAUUCCGUCUGGCUCUGGUCGUCAUCAGGUCAAGAUGGUUAUGCGCCGCGGCGCCCUGCGCCCCAGUGACGAUAGCCCCUUCACGAAUGAAAUCUUCGAUCCUGAGUCCACGGGAGCAUGGUACGAGACUUCGAACCCCGAGAUUCGCAAGUCUCGCCUGCAGGAGUACAAAAGCACGAACUACAGUGUCGUCAACCCGCGCACCCUCGAUUCGGUUUACGACGCGGUCUAUGAUCAAAAGGUGGACGACGCCAUUGCGGCGCGUCCGAACGGCGUCCAGGCGACGAGCCCGCGCGUGACGCUGCUUCCCUACUCGCACAUCCUCUCCCUCAACACGCCACCCUCCGCCCCUCUGUCGCUCGUCAUCCAGCACACCAUCUCGCGUACCGUCAGCGAAGAGUCUUUUGACGCGAUCAUCUGCGCGACCGGAUACCAGCGCUCAGGAUGGGUGGACUUGCUCAAGGCGUCCGGACUCGGCAAGCGCUUCGGGCUCGAUGCGAGCGCUGAGGCCGUACAGCUGAUGCCCUCGUCUUCCAUCGCGACCUCGCCGCUUACCUCGCCGACUUCGCCACCCGGCCUCGCGACGUCCUCCAUCUCCUCUCCGAGCAGCAGCGCGGGUCCGAGCACGCCUGUCAUGAGCGCGUCGACGUUCCUCGAUGCCGACAUGCAGCCGCGCAAGAUGUACAUCUCGCGGAAUUACCGUCUCUUGCCGGUGGAGGAGCAGGGGAAGGAGCAGGGCAAGAGCGCGUUCCAGGGACGCAUCUAUUUGCAGGGUGUCGAGGAGGCGACGCACGGGUUGAGCGAUUCGCUGCUGAGUGUGUUGGGUGUGCGCGCGGGGGAGGUUGUGGGUGACAUGUACGCGUGAGCGGGUAGGCCGUUCACACACUAUCAAAUGUAUAUUCUGGACUAGCUAUAAUGGCGUAUAUAUUGGGUCUAUAUUCUCUACACACCUAAAACAGAGAGAGUUCCUUGCCACUGUAUACUUGGACGAGUUUGGAUGCUGCU